AUGAACCUGCCGUUCAUGCACGGUCUACGACCCAAAGAGCUGAUGAUGGCCAUCAAGGGGAACGAGGGCAAUCCCGCACACUUGGUGCAUCUCGAAAUUUUUGUGAAUGCCCUCAUCCAGCGUUGGUUGCGCGGCACGGACGAAUACGGGAAAAUCCAGAUCGAGCCCGGCUUUUACCGACAGAUUGGCGCUCGUCUUUUGGCACUGGUCGAUAAGCUGGGCGCGAUGAUGCGUCCUGAAUUGGGGUGGAUCGAUCGGACAUACGAGGGAUUGAAUCUCAUCCUCAGGGCCAGCGAUGGACAAGCCCUGCUAGUGUAUUGGGAUGAUGAGAAUGGCUGUUUCUAUCUGAUUCCCUGCAAUUAUAACUUUCGCCGGGUCGCUGCCUCGGAAGAAUUGAUUGUCCUGGGAAUGCUCCAGUUGUGGCCAAUACCGGAAGUGGAAGCGGAGAGGAUCAAAAACCUUAAAUUGGAAUGCUCGCAAUUCAACGCUUACAACAAGGGCGCCACGCAAAUGGAUCUGUUGACGGAUGCGAUCUGGCGGCCGAAAGGCGAGAGGCAUUCGCCGUGGAUAACCAUCGGCAAUAUGAUCGCCCCGGAUACGAUCUAUCCGUUGGACGCCUCCAUGCGGUACGCCUACAAAUACACGAAAAGCUUUGAGAAGACCGGUGAACUGCCGCCAAUCACCGGACUCGGGCCCUUCUCCGGAUUG